AUUCACGUAAAAUAAAGGUGGGUAGGUCAAUUUAUUGUUACUAAGUCAUCAUCGCAGGUGUAUCAUAGGAACCUAGGUAGGUCAAUUUUUGUUGCCGUCGUGUAUGAAUUUGUUAUUUCGGAUUAAUGAGCCUAUUUUAUUUAUGGUGAUGUACUUAUGUUCAAUGCAAAGUAAUUAAUUAACUUCAUAGUUUAUUUUUGCAACGAAAAUCACUAAGGCCCUUGUUAUCAUUUAAUAGACAGUAAAGUUUGUUUUAUUUUAAUUUAUCGACACAUUCAUUUUCAAUUAAUGCUUUUUGUUAUUUUAAUUGUCGACAAAUUAUUGUUAGAUAAUUAACGCAUUAAAUUGGUAGGCAUAACUGUAUCUUUACUUUAAAUAUCGUUUGUUUAUAUUUUCAUUGUAAACAUUUCAGGUUGACCACAUUCGUUUCCCAAUAUGUCUGAAGAGAAGGAACUUGUUAAAAAACGAGGUAGUUUUAAGGGACGUUUGACGUUAUUCAUCAAUUACCUGGAUGGGUUGCCAGAAUCUGAUGAACAGUUAGACAGUUGUACGGUCAGGGAAUUGCAAUUACGGAUGGGGAAGAUCGAAAGUAUGUAUGAACUUUACAAUGAGGUACAGUUACGUUUAGAAUGUUUAGCUGACGAUAUCAAUUUUCGAUUGACCGAACGAGCUGAGUUCGAGUCUUUGUAUUACAACUCACUGUCUAGGGCACAGGACUUACUAUGUAAGUACAAUAAUGAUAAAGAAUCGGUAAGUAGUGAUAAAACUACCCGUAUUAGUCAACGUAAGCCUGUUAGGUUGCCCACCAUACAGCUCCCAAAGUUCAACGGGACCUAUAGCAAUUGGUUGGAAUUCCGUGACACUUUUAUCAGCCUUAUUCAUUGUAAUGACGAAAUAGACCAAAUUAAUAAAUUCCAUUACUUGCGAGCGUCUUUGGAGGGAUCUGCUGCUGUUGUAAUUCAUGCCGUUGAGUUUUCAGCCGGAAAUUACGACAUAGCUUGGAAAUUGAUAUGUGAUCGUUUUGACAAUAAAAGAUUAUUGGUGCAGAAUCAUUUAUCCUCCUUAUUUAAUUUAAACACUAUAGUCAAAGAGUCAUCUUUUGUCUUAAAAGAUUUAAUUGAUCAACUUAAUAAAAAUCUACGUGCAUUGGAGUCACUAGGUGAGCCUGUGAAACACUGGGACACUUUAUUAAUAUAUAUAGUGACUUGUAAAUUACCUCAGCAAACAUUGCGUGAGUGGGAGGAUCAUAAGGAUCGCAUAGAUAAGGAUAUAGUAAUUACAUUUAGUACAUUCCUACAAUUCAUUCGCACGCGCUCUGACUUAUUGGAAACCUUAGAGUUAGCGCGAGCUCGCAAUAAUGCUUCUCCCUCUAAGCAUAGUACAGGUAGGAUACAAUCUAUGCUUGUUGCUCAGAAUCCCAAUAAUAAUAAUUUAAAUAAUAAGUUGUGUCCGCACUGUAAGUCGGAUCACUUAUUAAGUAGUUGUUCACAAUUCCUUGCGCUUAGUGUAGACGCCCGUUACAAGUUAAUGCCUAACUAUAAAGUUUGUUAUAAUUGUUUUCGUGUUGGUCAUUUCGCCAAUCGUUGUAAAAGGCCAGGUUGCAAAUUGUGUAAACGCCGUCACAAUAUAUUGUUGCAUUUGACGGAUAAUAAGCGUGUUUCUAAUUCUUGCAAUAAUAAUGAUAAUAAAAAUACAUCACGAGAUAGCUCAUUUGUUUCCAUGCCUUCGUUACCGCCCGCUGACGCUGGGACAAGCACUGAUGCGAGUGCAAAUAAUUUAACUUUGUCUGCGGAUCUCAGUUCGUCUUGUGGUGAUAACGGUGAACACCGCGGUGGUGUUUUGUUGUCUACCGCUCUCAUCAAGUUAUGUGAUCAGAACGAUCGUGAGCACAUAGUGCGCGCCCUGCUUGAUAGUGGUAGUACUUCAUCAUUUAUGACAGAACGCUUAUGUACUCGGCUCAAUUUGAAUACAAGUCAUGUUAAUGGUUCAGUCUAUGGCAUAAAUAACGUGAGUUCGCACGUAGGCAAAAUUUGUCAGGUAAAGAUGACGUCUUUAUACAACUCUUAUACUGCAAAGUUGAGUUGUUUUAUUUUGCCAUCAUUAAUGAGUGUUAUGCCUUGUCGCGAAAUCGACAUUUUAGACUUGAAUAUUCCAGAUAACAUAUUUUUAGCGGACCCCACAUUUAAUAAGCCGUCAGAAGUAGAUAUAUUAAUAGGUGCUGAUCUCUUCUGGGACUUGGUCGGGUCACAGAGAAUUAGACUAGGUGUAGGUAAGCCGGUACUGUGUGACACGUUACUAGGCUGGAUAGUUUCCGGUCCUGUUACUUAUAAUCCAGGCGGUUACCCCUUUCAGUGCACUGGUGUGGACUAUGCUGGUCCCAUCAUGGCUGCUAGUCGGCAAGGUCGCGGAUGUAAGCUGAUAAAAGUGUACAUUGCAAUUUUUGUGUGUUUCACCACUAAAGCUAUCCAUUUGGAGUUGGUAAGUGACUUAACGAGUAAUAAGUAUUUACUAGCAUUAUUUCGAUUUAUUUCGCGAGAAAGCCCGAUGAUAUUUAUUACGAUAACGGUACCUCAUUCGUAGGGGCCUGCAAUGAACUUUCGAAGUUUCUUAAAACUAAUUGUAAU